AUGUUCGUCUACAGCAACACGAACUUGCCUCCCGACCCUGAGUAUCCACCGGAACUCGAGAGGCUAGGAUUCUUCAUCACCGAGAAAGAUAUGAUCCGCCGUAUUAACGAUCCAGACUUGGAAUAUAAGUACAAGAUCAACCGCAAUGAUCGGUUCAACAUCAGGAACCGCGCGGCCAUGAACGAGGCAAUUCGCAACAUUGUCCUCCCACGUCUCGCGGAUGCCGGCCUGGAGACUCUGCGCCUUCCUUUCCGCGACGGCCACCCCCCACGAGACAGUUUCCCCUCUGAAACCCAUGUGCCAGUCCUGGUAUCUCCCAAUCUUUUGAAUGCACCUCGCAUCAUCCUGGUGUUCGGCGAGCCCAUCCAGGACAUAGGCAUCUGGUCAUAUCGAGCCAUCCUCCAGGAUGGUAUCAACAUUGGAUCGGCCGUGAGUUUCACCAAGGCCGUCCUCGGAGAAAGCAAAGGCGAAGAGUGCUCCGGGGAAAGAACAGACACCGCGCUCAUCCUGGCCAACACGGGCCAGCUGCUUUGGCAUUGCGGUACUACUCGUGCCAUCACAACCCAGACAUGGCUCGCGAACUCUCGUCCUUCUGGCGCCUCCGAUCAAGCUGGCAUGUCUCACCGCAACGUGAUCCCCUGGAACAGGGACUGGCAGGAGCAUAUUAACUAUGUCUUUCAGGCUUUAUGGAGGUACCUCGGACCCUCGAGCCGUGUCGAUGUGAUUGGCAUGUCUGAGGGUGGUCUGGGUGCCAUCAAUUAUCUGAUGGAUCACUGGGAGAGAUGGCGCCCUUAUAUCUCAGCCAUGUGUCUCGCCGACCCGCUUCAGAGUACCAACGUUGAAAUCGACGUGGGCACACUAGUCGACCCGACUUCAUUCACUGCAUUCAUGUCCUCGCGCUGUCGCGCUUAUAUUGUCUCUCAAGAUGAAGCAGACACGCCCCAGAUGGGCUACCGCCACCAUGGCUGUAAUUGCUACUCAUCUGGUGAGACUGAAAAUAGCGAGGGCAUCAUGCUCAGUGCCUGGCCACACAUGCUCGCCUGGCUCGACAUUCUCUACAAUGACCGCACUUAUGCAGAGGAAGUCGUUGUCAUGGGCGCUGAUAUGGACGACAACAUGCAGCAGGCCAUGGAAAGGCUGGCAUACAAAACUGGGAAUGGGUUUGAGAUGGACUCUAUCGCGGAGCCAGAAACAGUGAACCAGGGUACCCAAGAUGAUGAUCUGAAGGACGGGGGCGUGAAAUUGCAGGCCAAAAUUACGGACAUGAAGCAGAAGACCAUCACCGAGGACGUCAAGCAGGAGACCAUGGAAUGGGUAGAUGCGAUGGGAAAUCACACUCAGGACAGGGUUGUCAAGGCAGAGGAGCCCAGUAUAAAGACAGCCACCUCACCUGCUCCGGAGAAGACGAUCAUGCAGGCCAUCAAAGCUGCGAUUUACGAGAGCGAUGACGGCUAUUUUGGGGAUGUUGAGGAAAUGGCAAGAUCUUACAUGCAGCGCUCGGCCUCGGUAUCGGAGACGGAGACGGAUUCUUUUUGA